CGCGGCGACAUGGGCACCUGGGCGCUGUAGCCGCCGCUGCCCCGCGCGACCCCAGCGCACGGACAUGUGACCAUGGACAGCAGGACGCGGGAAAACCCAGAAAGAACCUUUGACUUGGUGUUGAACGUGAAAUGUCACGCCUCUGAAAAUGAAGAUCCGGUGGUUUUGUGGAAAUUCCCAGAGGACUUUGGAGACCAGGAAGUGCUCCAGAGUGUCCCCAAGUUCUGUUUCCCCUUCGACGUCGAAAGAGUGUCUCAGAAUCAAGUCGGCCAGCACUUUGCCUUUGUCCUGACGGACAUCGAGAGCAAGCAGAGAUUUGGCUUCUGCAGACUCACGGCCGGCGGGAAGAUGUGCUUGUGCAUCCUGAGUUACCUGCCAUGGUUUGAAGUCUAUUACAAGCUCCUAAAUACUCUGGCAGAUUACUUGGCUAAGGAACAGGAAGAUGAUUUGACUGUAACCCUCAAAGCGCUCUAUGACCACCCAGUGCCGAAGGCAAACAGCCCCGUCAGUCUGAGUGUGAACCAAGAGGUAUUUAUUGCCAGUGAGCAAGUUCUGAAAGAUCAGCCCUCCUUAGUACCGCAUUCGUGCUUCAUCACCCCCGACGUGACUGGACUCCCCACCAUUCCCGAGAGCAGAAACCUCACGGAGUACUUCGUGGCCGUGGACGUGGCCAACAUGCUGCAGCUGUACGCCAGCAUGCUGCACGAGCGGCGUGUCCUCGUCACCUCCAGCAAACUGAGCACCUUAACCGCCUGUCUGCACGGAUCGGCCGCUCUGCUGUACCCCAUGUUCUGGCAACACAUCUACAUCCCCGUGCUGCCCCCACACCUGCUGGACUACUGCUGCGCUCCAAUGCCAUACCUGAUCGGGGUCCACUCCAGCCUCAUAGAGAGAGUGAGAAAUAAAUCAUUGGAGGAUGUGGUUAUGUUAAAUGUUGACACAAACACUUUAGAAUCACCAUAUAAUGACUUGAACAACCUCCCGAGUGAUGUGGUCUCGGCCCUAAAAAACAAACUGAAGAAACAGUCCACCGCCACGGGGGAUGGAGUGGCCAGGGCCUUUCUCCGGGCUCAGGCUGCUUUGUUCGGAUCCUACCGGGACGCCCUGCGGUACAAACCUGGUGAGCCCAUCACCUUCUGCGAGGAGAGCUUCGUGCAGCACCGCUCCAGUACAAUGAAGCAGUUCCUGGAAGCCGCGGUGAACCUCCAGCUGUUCAAGCAGUUCAUCGACGGCCGUCUGGCGAAACUCAACGCGGGAAAGGGUUUCUGUGACGUCUUUGAAGAGGAGGUCACUGCCGGUGGCUUUUGCGGAGGGAGCCCGAGAUCGUACCAGCAAUGGGUACACACCGUCAAGAAAGGCGGUGCCCUGUUCAACUCAGCAAUGACCAAAGCAACUCCCGCCAUGCGGACAGCAUAUAAAUUUGCGAAAAGCCACGCGAAGCUGGGAAUAAAGGAGGUGAAGAACAAGCUCAAACACAAGCAGGAAAACGAGGAUGAUUGCGGGACCUGUCCUGGUUUUGUCCAGUACACCCCGGUCUACAGCUUGCGGGAUGGCAAGGGAGGAAGGCUGGAGACACGCAAGCUCACCCAGGCACGUCCACACAGGCCUCCCAAGAGCCUCGACGGCGCUGUGGACGAUGACGACGACGUGGACCGGAUCAGCAAGUUGUCGUGUGAGGACAGCGAGGAUGCCGCCGCCUACUCCUACGAGAGCGACGACUCCGCGGAGACGAGAGGGAAGAGUCUGUACUCGGGCGAGAUGGACCUGCUGGGCGAGAUCCUGGACACGCUGAGCACACACAGCUCCGACCAGGGCAAGCUGGCCGCAGCCCGCAGCCUGGACUUCUUCAGAUCCAUGGACGACAUCGAGUACAGGCCCACGAACAAAUCCAAUGCCCCGAGCGAGGAUAACCUGGCCGUCCUCUGCAGCGGGUCUGGGGAUCAAGGCGACAGGUACCUCGGCCAAGACGACAGCGCCCUGCACAGGAGACACCUCCCUCCGUCGCCCGGGAAGCGGGUGUCCUCUGGCGGUGCGACCGAGCUCCUGUUCAUCCUCCAAGAGGAAAACAGCGAGAAACCCCUCAGCGCGGCCCUCGGGCGUGGCCCCGGGGGGGCGGCCCCGCCAGCUUCCCCUCCGGACCCGGCUUCCCAGCAGCCUUCUCUCGAAGCUGCCCAGACUGGACAAGGGACAGCGGAGAAGAAGGAAACACUAAGCCAGAUGCCAGACGAUCAGCUCAUUCCGAGCCUCGGGCGACGUCCCUCCACCUCAGUUCCUUGGGAGAAAGACAGGAAAGAAGCCAAAGAGACUUGGGAAGAUGUCGGGCAACUCCACAAAGGGGUAUCGCCAUGUCCCGUGGCCUCCGCUUCCCAACAGGACUUACACGGGUCGGAAGGACACUCCAGUGGAAGCCAGGCCGCAGCCGGCCACCAGGAGCCGGGCUCUGGCCUCCAAGCCGCCCUGGAGACACCCGAGGGCUCCGUGUCACUGACACAGUGAACAGCGGUGUGUAGGAAUCACAGCUCUGGGUACUGUCUAGAAAUUAUUCUCAAUGCAGAAUGUCACUUGCUGACCUUGUGGGUACAACCCCUUGGUUUUUAAGUGUCAAGCUAAUUCUUCUACUGUGUUCUCAAAUCAGGUACUAGUUGUAUGUGCGUGGAGAGCAUCUGUUGAACCUAGGGUGUCCCGGGAUUGGUGCUGAAUGCCGUUCGCGUUAUUUAAACCGAGUAUGCAUCUAGAGCCCUGGCAAUGACCAGUAGCUACUGUACUAGUCUGGUGGAGCAUGAGCUAACUGGUCAAGGUACCAAAACAUACCAGAACUACCCUGGAACUGCUGCGACUCUCGAUCCACUAAUUGCCUUAAUCUUAUGCCUGCAUUGAGCAAACGUGAAUAAUUUAUGGGAUGACUUGUAAAUUCUCAAACUUAAGUGUUAAGUGUCCUGUGGAGCAAU